UCUACGGUGUAAGCACGCAAUUUUCAACUACCGAGCACUUAGGAGUCACAACAGGAGGAUGUGCUCGACCAUGGCCUCAGGGGGGAGCCUCGACUUCACGCUUCCUAAUCUCUUCCUGACCGUUGAAGGGAAGGAGAGGAAGUUAGAGGAAAUUUGCCCCGGGAUCUACGAGUAUUCAGACUCCCAGCGGAAACGGUCCCCCAAGUCACCGAGGAGUGCCAAGAGUACGUCACCCUUGAGCCCGAGGUGCCACUGCCACUGUCACAGGCACUGUCUCCACGCGAAGCAGCAUGAGCACGCGCGCCUGGUGGUGGACCGGCCGGAGAUCAAGGACCAGCAGGCGGGCUUCGAGGCGCUGGGCGGCCGCUGCGAGUCGUGCGGGAACAUGCGACGAGAGCUGCCUCAAGAAUCUCCCCGAAGGCCGAAAAGAUGUACACCUUCUUCGAGAAGAGCCUGUCGCUGGUGAGUCCCUCGCACUCGCGCCUGGGCGACCACCUGGCGGCGCGGGAGAAGCGCAGCCAGUCGCUGGCCACGCCCGCCGCCAUGGCCAACGUGGUCCACUUCCGCGAGCUGCACGAGCGCCGCGCGGAGGACCACCUCCUGCGCACCGUCAACCUCGCCGCCUCCAACGCCGUCCUGUCGCGCAUCACGGCGCGCCUCAAGGCCGUCACCAACACGCAGGAGUCCGUCGAGGAGGUGGACGAGGAAGUUGAGCGGUCGGCGGCCGCGGCCAUGACCAAGGACGUGCUUCCCUGAGGUGACAGACGCAGCCAAAACAGCCACUGCAACGACAGCGGCAGAAGAAACAAAGACGGAGGACACUGGAACGGAAAUGACGCCCAAAGGGAC